CGCUCUCGACAGCCCACAAUUCUCUAAACACCAUCCCACCAUUAAAUUCACGUGAAACGCUGUUGCUGCCAUUCUCGAACCACUCUGGCGCCAUUACCUCGCAUAUCUCCCCAUAUCACAACAUCCUCAAAACUAUAACUACAGACGACUACCGUCGUCUUUAGUUGCCCAUCAUGUCUACAGACACAGCACCCCCCAACAAUAACAACAACGCCGAAAUGUACACACGCAACAGACGAGGGUCAAUCACCCAGGCCGCAUUGACCAAUCUUUUUCAAAGAGGGAAUUCAGUUCCCAACAGCAACGGCUUUUCAAAUCAGCCCUCGGGUCCAGUUGACACUGGUCGUCGACGUCUCUCUGUUACCACACUUGGUCUUUCGGGUACUUCGCCCACAAACACGUCUUUUAUUCGUCGAGGCAGCAUGUCGACAAACUCAAACAACUCAGACUCUAUUGAUGAGAAUGCCAUCGAAGAUGACGACAUGUACUCCAAGACUGCACCCACAACACCAUUUGUUCGACGAAUGAGCUUCGGCACUUCGAACAUGCGCAACAUUCGCCCAAAUGGAAGCCCUGGAAAUGGUAAUAGCCCAUCCUCUCCUCCCACUUCUCAAAACGGGCGCCCCGUCCCAAGUGGUCGGAAGGCGUCGCUUGUUGGCUCCCCCAGUCAAGGGUCGAGCCUCGCGGCAGCUUUGUCUGCCGGACGUCGCCCCAGUCUCGCUUCUUCUGUCUCACAGGCAAGCAACACCAAAUAUGCAAGAGCCACAUCUGACAAUUAUAUUUCGCGCCCAGACCAGCAAGGUUUCAACUGGUCCGAGCAGCUUAGGUCUCGUGCCGAGAGUUCCGUCAUCGGUGCUCCUCGCACUUCCUUCUCGCUCGCCUCCUCCUCCCCGCCCCGAGGCUCCAUUCACGACCGGGCAAAAUCUGUUUCUGAGAUGCCGCAACCUCCUGUCCAGGCCUCUUCUGUCAAGCAGCAACCUAGACAGCCUGAACGACCCAAGCCUGAUGCUUUUCAGGAGAGAAUUUUGAAGGGUGACUUCUACAUGGACUGAGCGCAUCCAUGCCUCAGAUACACAUUCACUUGAAGAUGAUAACGACGACGAUGAUGAUACCAACAAUGACGAUUCGCCCACUUUGCCACAAUUGUCCGACGCUCCUAAUAGCCCAAAGUUCCCUUGAAGGAGAUCUCUCGCUGAAAACAUGGCUUCUGACUUUUUUAUG